AGAAGACCCGCUGAAAUUCAAAGUUAGAGGAGGAGACUGGACCAUGUAACAACAAGAAGGUUGUUUCUUGUUUUCAGUCAGUAAGCGUUGACCCGUUUCAUACAGACUGUUGUUUCACACAGACUUCUUUUCAGCUCAGUAUGGAAGCUGGCGAGGAAAAUAAUGGCAAUGUCAACUUGAAAAGACAGAGAGCACCUCUGUCAGAUUCUGAAGACAAUGUCCUCUCACAAUCAGAGGUGAAUGAUGGGCAGAAGCGGCGGCGUCUGGAGGCAGCUGGUCAGGAGAACCGUAGUCCUAAACCAUCCUCCUCUGGACGCCUAGCUGAGCUGGAGAUGAAGCCAGACACACCAAUGGUUCCUUCAGUCCGGACCCGAGUCCAGCAACUUACCCAGCGACGAGAGGGUGCAGCUCCUCUUGCCCAGCGGUGCCUGUCGGAUCCUGGAGCUGACAGUCCAUCGCUCUUCAUCCACAAAAAGGGCCUCAGAGAGCAUCUCCUUGGUGAGGGAGAAUUUAAUCAGCGAUUGGAGCGUUUCAAAAUGCCAGUCUUCCAAGCUAGCCCCAACCCCACACCAAGCCCUGCCAACCCCUCCCCACGGACCUGCUCCAACUUUGUGUCUGCCAUUCAGGAGAAACUCCACAGUACUACAGCACCCAGCUCCAAGCAGGCUUCACGCAUACGCCAGGAACGGGAACAGGAGUUGAACCAGUUGCCUUUUCAACCAAUCAGUGAGAAUGCCUGGCUGAAAAGGAGCAACUCUGAUCCCUCAUUAUCUCAGGCAUGGACCACUCCUGGCCCCUCAUCUCCCUCCUGGGUUCCUAGAUCUAGAGGGAGAUUUCAUUGGCCUCCUAUGCAGCCCUGGGAUCAGAUGGACGGUGAUGCUGAGAUGAAAGAUGGAAGUUUUGAAGCUCCUAGAUCAGGUGCAGAGAAGCAAUGUUCAGAUGGGACAGAUGCUGAACUGAGCUCUCAUGAUGAGACCAGCACAGCUGAAAUAAUUGAUCAGAUGUUCGAGGAGGUGUUGGAAUAUGCUGGAAGGGUAGAGGCAGAGAGGGGCGAUGAUGAGGACACUGAGGACCAUGACAGUGGCAUUGGCGUUUGCUCUGGAGACAAAGAAAAACUGGACACGGAGUCAGAGAAGGAGAAAAGUGAAGAGGAGGGUGAUGAGAACAAGCUGCUUGAAAGCGAUAGAGAAGAGCUGCUGACUUUUCCUCCCAGUGGCAUCCUGUCCCCUCUCAGCAAGUCUGUAGAGGCUGUAGUCACCCCUAUGCGACUGGAAACGAGCCAGGAGUCCAAUCCUCCCUCUCUGCUCUUGACCCCAGAGGAGACCACCCCCCCUCUUGCUGAAUCUGCUCCUCUAUACAGUAUUGAUGCCUAUCGCACACAAAGACAGAGAAAGCUUCCCACCGUUCAGAGUGUCACUCCUGGGGUUCAGAGACGAGCUCCGGAGAAGUCCCAACCUCAACCCUGUGUCAACACCAAGGAGAAAAUCACAGCUCUAAAUACAGAAGCAGGGAAGUUGCAGACUGUGAUCAACCAGACCCUGCAGGCUCUGAGCUGCUGUACUGAUGAGGAGCACGGACGAGGCUCGCUGGAGGAGGCGGAAGCUGAGAAACUCCUGUUGGUCUCAUGUGAGAAACGCUCUGCUCUGCUGGCAGAGGUGACCAGACUGAGGGAGGAGAGGAACUCGGAGUCAGCGGAAGCAGCAGGAGAGGACAGGGAGUAUGUUUCCCAACAGGCCUGCAGAGGGACUGUCAGCAUCACAAACAUCCAGCUGCCGCUCAAGGUGGAAUUCGUCUGCUCAUCACACAACCGUACAGGUCGGCCAAGUCACUACUUUUUUGUCCUGAUCCGCUACGGCCCCUGCAACAUUGUCGCCACCCCGCUGGCCACGGCUGCUGAUGCUCAGAAUGGAGACACCAUCUCCUUCCCUACUUCUGUCACUCUGAAGGAUAUCCGCUCUUCCUUUGAGAUUGAUGUGGAAGUCUAUAGCUUGUCCCACACUUCAGGUAGUAGCUGCAGCAUGGACCGGACCACCACCAAGUCACGGGUCACACCAAGGAAGCUCCUAAACACCAUCACAAGAUCCACUAACACACUGACAUCUGCUGCUCCCUCUGCUCUCAAUACUCGUCGCUCCAGCAACUUUUGUCUGGUGGGCUCCCAUAAGAUCACCUUGGCCUCGCUGGGACACAGCAAGUUCCCGCUGGACAAGAUGAAACUUGAAGGCAAAAUCAGGAGGCUGCUGGGAGAUGAAUUUCAGGAAAAGGUGCCUUUUCUCUCUCCUCUAGAGGGCAACAUCUACCUGCGUCUGGACAGCGAGAGUCACUCUAAUGUACAGCACCAAGGCUUCCUGACAAUGUUUGAGUUGAUCAGUGGAUACGGUGUGUGGCAUCGCCGAUAUUUUGUUCUGGAGGGAUGCAACAUGCACUACUGGAACCACCCCAAUGACAAAGAAACUAAGGAAGCAGAGAGCAGCAUCUCUUUGUCCAGCUCUCACAGUCAGUGCGUCAGGCCUGUGAAGAGGGACUCGUGUGCUCGACCUUUCACCUUUGAGCUGGUGAGCAAUGUCCCUCAGCAGCAGGACGCCAGCCAGGACGCCUUGGCCAAGUGUUGGUUUUCAGCUGACACCAAACAGGAGAGAUUGGACUGGAUGGAGAAACUCAAUCAAGCUCUUUUGGACUUUCACACAUGGAACCGCACGUCAGCAGCCCAAACAGAAAGUCAGCAGUCAAACUCGUCCAGCAGUGGGAACCUUAGGGAGAGCAUACUGUAACUACACCACGAGGCCAACGAACCUACUCUGUGUGGUAGAUAAGCUGACAUCAGGGUUUAGAUUCUUCACAUCAGAGCUGCAGGAGGUGAGCUGCUUCUUAACAGGCUCUGUUUCACAGUCGAAAUGAAACUGGCAAAUUGUAAACGAGGCAAACAUGUAUCUCAUAUUGAUUUUUCUUUUUGGGAGAUUAUUUGAUUUCCAUACUAUUGUUUAUUUCUUUUAACCUGAAUCCAGUCAUUGCCGUUGGGUUUCACUUUUAUUUGCUGAGUUACAGUUGCCAUUUGAAUAAUUUUAGUUUUUCUUUAUCAUGAUUUUGUGGAAGAGGUUUUAUUUUGAAUUUUCUGUGGCAAUCAGCUGCUUUAGCCUUUGUUGGCAAUAUUAUUUGGUCACUUUCAGUAGCUAAGGUGAAACUUCUUGUAGCUGAUAUAUUUUUGUAAUAAUUUACACAUGUAUUUAGAUUCAAAUUAUAUUUUUGCUUCGUAUAAACUGGAAGGAUAAACCAAUUUAUAUAGAUACACUAAUAAAUAUUGAAGGAGGAGGAAAUCUUUAACGCUACUAAACGUAUCUAGGGUGAGAAUGUAUUUCAAAUGGCACGAAACACUACAGAUUAAUAGUUCAUAGAAGGAGUGCUAGUUAAGGUUGGAAUGGGAGCCUUUCAUAGGCAUUCAGACAUACAGUUUUUGAUCAUGGUCCAAGUGGAUGCAUUGUAGAUGGAAGCAGGCUUUUUUUUUUUUUUACUGAACCAACAAAUAUUUGGCUGUUUAUGUAAAAUGUGAUAGAAUUUUUACUGAAGAAAUAACCAGUCAAAAUAUCAGACAGUCCCUCUUGUCAGGGCGCGUCACUGCGUCUCGGAGAUUUUACUUCGUUCACAGUGGUUUGAAGUUUUCACUCAUUUUCCCAAGUGCACGAUUUGUGUUGCUGUACAUAAAUCAAUUCAUAUAUUUACAAUAUUAAACCAUGUUAUAUGUGUAAUGCAGUGGAUGAGGGAACUGAUGAGGUAAAAGAGGGGACUGUAGUGAUGCUGCUACACUGAAUGUAGUCUGUUCUGUCUGAUGUGUUCUUUUCCAUGUAUUUCCACCUAUCAGUCUGUCUCUUUGUUCUCAGUGUUAUUCAUGUGAACUCUCAUUCUAUGCACUUAAUGAAGUUACCAAUAAAAUAAAUGGAUUGAAA